AACACUUGGAAGAAAGUAUUGCGUUACUUUUUUUAUGUGGCCGUAAUUUCGGGCAUGUCGCUGCUAUGCACAGCAGAGAGAGCGCACACGGCUGUCAAUGGUGAAUCAUAGGCGUAGACGGGACAUUGCAGCCUUUCCUACUUCCUUAUAGUGUGUGUAUACAAACAGACCCGUUGGCUGGCAUUGCUCUGAGGCUUCAUGGCAGGGGAAGCGACAAGCGGAGAGCUCGGGCUAUCUGCCGGGGUUCCUGAGCGCAGGGAAUUCCUCUUCAAAGUGCUGGUGAUCGGGGAGCUGGGGGUGGGCAAGACCAGCAUCAUCAAACGUUACGUUCACCAGCUCUUCUCCCAGCACUACAGGGCCACCAUAGGAGUGGAUUUCGCUCUGAAAGUUAUCAACUGGGACGGCAAGACUUUAGUCAGACUGCAGCUAUGGGACAUUGCAGGGCAAGAGCGGUUUGGAAAUAUGACCAGAGUGUACUAUAAAGAGGCUGUGGGUGCCUUUGUGGUGUUUGAUGUUACAAGAUUUUCAACUUUUGAAGCCAUCACGAAGUGGAAAUCUGACUUGGAUAGCAAAGUUUAUCUUCCAGGCGGUGGACCCAUACCUGCCAUUCUUCUCGCCAACAAGUGUGAUCAAAAGAAGGAAAACAGUAUGCAGAGUUCUUCGCAGCUGGAUCACUUCUGUAAAGAAAACGGUUUUGUUUCAUGGUUUGAAACCUCUGCAAAGGACAACGUUAACAUUGAUGACGCUGCUCGAUGCUUGGUUGAAAACAUUCUUCAAAAUUCCAAGAACUUCCCCAUAGAAGAGAAUGAUGUCAGCUGUGUACAGCUUGACAGGGAGCCCUUAACUGCCGAAAGUAAAUCACUAUGCUGCUAACCCUUAGAAUAACACCAGAAGACAAACCAUAAGACUGCUGCCAAAUGCUGAUUCUACCACUGCCUUUACAUCGGCUCAUGUCCACCGAUUACCAAGUUUACAGCAUUUGCCUGCUAUUUGUAAAAA